GUCUCCCACUCACACCCCACCGCCACCGGUAUAACCGGUAACCUUUCUCAUUCACCCGUACCUCGCCGCACGCGCCAUCCCACGCGCUGCCGCAAUUUAUAGUUUCGUAAUUAAUUUCUCGCACUUUAUUUGAACUUUUUCCGGAUUUUUUUCCAUUUCCGGAAAAAUGGAGCUGCCGAAGAUCAAUGUGAACGCUGUCGAAGAAAUCGGCGACGAAAUGAAAUCGGUACCAUUAGAUCCGGAUCCGAAGGAUUCGCCCCCCGCCUCCCACCCGAUUCCAGAUGCCGCCCCCCCGAAGCCAGCGGGGAAUGGCGAAACUGAUGCCCGAGGUCUAGCUAGUGUCGGUGAUUCAGAUUUGAAGGAAUCGAGUACUGGUGGAGCAGAGGAGAGCAACGCGGAGAGUGUGAGGGCGAAGAAAUCGGUGCGGUGGAGCCAGGAACUGGUGACGGAGACGCUGGUGCCUAGGGAUUCCGAUCGCGGAUCCGCCAAUCCCUACGAGAGUUACUCGCCGUCGCCUGCGCAUGAUUCCUCGUCAUUCAAUUUCAAAGAAACUAUGGGUAGCGUGAAAGAUGUGCUGGGGAGAUGGAGGAAGAAAGUCGGAGAAGCAUCCCAAAAGGCUGAGGAAUUUGCUGGGAACACUUGGCAGCACUUGAAAACAAGCCCAAGCAUGGCGGAUGCUGCCUUAGGACGAAUUGCGCAAGGAACAAAGGUUCUAGCUGAAGGCGGUUAUGAAAAAAUAUUUCGUCAAACAUUUGAGACUGUUCCAGAGGAGCAACUAAAAAAUUCAUUUGCAUGUUACUUAUCCACUUCAGCUGGUCCUGUCAUGGGUGUUUUGUAUGUCUCCACUGCAAAGCUUGCAUUCUGUAGUGACACUCCACUUUCCUAUCAAGGUUCUGAUAAAACUGAAUGGAGCUAUUAUAAGGUUGUUAUCCCGUUGCAUCAACUCAAAGCCAUCAACCCUUCAACAAGCAGAACAAAUCCAGCCGAAAAGUAUAUGCAGGUGAUAUCCAUCGAUGACCAUGAAUUCUGGUACAUGGGUUUUUUAAACUACAACAGUGCAGUUGAAUGCCUCGAGCAAGCCUUUAUCAGCCGCGACGCUCAAUCAGUGUAAAAUACCAUCACCCUCUCCUCAUCGCACCGAAAUGUCUCUCUCUCUCAUACGAGCAAUGUGUUUGGUUCGGUCAAACAUUAAUUGCACACUAUGAAAACUGAAAGGCGAGGUCCCGGGAGUCAUGCUUUACCAUAGUUAAACAUGUCUUCUCAAGUUGCACAUUACAGAUACUAUUUAACUCCUGAAAUGCUUUUUCUAUCACAUCGUUAUGAUCAAUAUUUCGUGCUACUCUCCCAUGACACAUUUACAUAUUUCGAAGGGCUUCACUAUUUUGCUGGA